GUGGAGAGGGGCACAGCCUUCCGUUAGAAGUCAACGCUAUGGGAGUUAUCUGAGUGAGAGACAAGCGACAUGAGUUGCAGCUGACAUCAAACCUUUAAAACGGCAGCUUACUCAAACGACGUUUUUUUUUCAGUUAUUAGGCCUAUUUCGAUUCUGCAACAGACGUCCCGGAUCGAACUAUCAGGUUACACUACUGGGAGCUAAAUCUUGUACAAGUGUUUCUAAACUGGGGGAACCGAAGCAGGAUGUACCAUGAAGACAGCGCGAAUGCACUCAGGCCACGAUAUGGAUCCAUUGUGGAUGACGAGAGGCUCUCGGCCGAGGAAAUGGACGAGAGGAGACGACAAAACAUCGCCUAUGAAUACCUGUGUCACCUAGAGGAAGCCAAACGGUGGAUUGAGGCAUGUGUGGAGGAGGAGCUGCCGCCCACCACUGAGCUGGAGGAAGGCCUGCGCAAUGGAGUCUACCUCGGCAAGCUCGCCAAGUUCUUCGCACCCAAGAUGGUGUCUGAGAAGAAGAUCUACGACCGAGACCAGUCCCGCUACAGGAGGACCGGACUUCACUUCAGACACACGGACAACACAGUGCAGUGGCUUAGGGCCAUGGAGUCUGUGGGUUUGCCCAAGAUAUUCUACCCUGAAACGACAGAUGUGUACGACCGCAAAAACAUGCCCAAGGUGAUCUACUGCAUCCACGCACUGAGCUUGUAUCUGUAUAAACUGGGAAUUGCCCCCCAGAUCCAAGACCUGCUGGGAAAGGUGGAUUUUACAGAGGAGGAAAUUAGUAACAUGAGGAGUGAGCUGGAGAAAUAUGGCAUCCAAAUGCCCACCUUCAGCAAGAUCGGUGGCAUUCUGGCCAACGAGCUGUCAGUGGACGAGGCAGAGCUACAUGCAGCUGUGUUUGCCAUCAACGAGGCCAUAGGCAAGGGCCAGGCUGAGGGCACCAUGAAGGCCCUGAGCAACCCCAACGCCAUGCUGAGGAACACACAGGUCGCCUUGGCACAGGAGUACCAGGAUGCCCUGAGCCCAGCCCUGAAGAUCAAAGAGAACCAGCCCUUAGGACCGCGUUCAGCCCUUCCCACUGAGGAGAGGGAUGUUUACGAGGAGCUGCUCACACAGCAGGAGAUCCAGAGCAUUAUCGACUUGGUGAACACACAGGCAGCUGUGCGGAGGGUGAACCAGGCCAUAGAUGCCCGGGACGAAGCCGCCCUUCUGGCAGCACUGGGGCUACCGGCCCUGGGCCUGGUGGGGAUCUCCGCGGCCCACGCCCACUGGUACCUGGAGCACUUGACAUCCCACAGGGAGCACAGAAAUCAGGACGCUGGGUAUGCCGUGCAGCUGGAGAGGGAAGAGAUUCAGAGAGCCAUCAGCUCCUGCAACGACUUUGCUGAGGCAGAGAAGAGAAAGCUGGAAGCCAUCACUGCCAUCAAUGCCGCCAUUCGCCUUGGUGACAUGGAGGAGACUGUGGAGCAGCUAAUGAACCCCGAGGCCCAGCUGCCAAUUGUGUAUCAGAGCGCCGCCAAGCUCUACCAGGACGAGCUCUUCAGCCUGCAGAUCCAGGGCAGCAGGAGCACCCCUGACCUCAGCCACCAGGAGCUGUGCGUUGCCGUGGAGAUGCUGUCAGCAGUGUCUGUGCUGAACGAGGUCCUGGACACCAAGGACCCAGUGGCUGUCACCGAGCUGCUGUGCGACUCCCCACUGGGCUUCAGCAACAUUGACCACGAGAACAUGCAGAGGUACGCCGACACGCUAAUCAUCAUGAGGGCUGAGGCUUUAGCACAGGGCCAGGACUUCCUCACCUGGAACGAUGUUCAGAAGUGCGUCGACGCGGUCAACCAACAAGUCCACGAGGAGCACGAACGAGUCAUAGCAAUAGCUGAGAUCAAUGAAGCAAUGACCUCCGGUGACGCGGAGAAGACUCUCUCUGCCCUCCUGUUGCCCACGGCCAAACUACAGGGAGUGAAUCCAGACACAGCAAAACACUACCACGACGUACUGCUGCACACCAAGGACCUCAUAUGCAAGGUCUUGCCAUUUGGCGUCGAGCAAACGAGCUCAGGGGACGAGUCGGCGGUGCUGUGGUUGGACCAGAUCCAGGCGGCCAUACACACUGCUAACCAGGAAGAACAGGAAGCCCUCAGACUGGCGGAGGCAGUGGCUGACAUCAACCUGAGGGUGACGGAGGGAGAUACCCAGGGUACACUGCAGGCUCUGCAGGCCCCCUGUGCAGGUCUGCGAGGAGUCAUGGCCGAAUGUGCAGACGACUAUCAGUCAGAGCUGGGCAAGCAACAGGCUCUCAACGCUGCUGAAGGUGGGGAUGCUGGAGUUUGGGUGAAGCACAGGAUAAAGGACAAGUAUGGCUACUACUAUAACCUGCAGACCAAAGAAGGGACCUGGAAUGAGCCAGAGGAGUUUGUACACAACACCUCACAGCUAACCAAAGAGGAAAUACAGAGCACUGUGGGAUGCGUGACCGCAGAGUACAACAGAGAGCAGCUCUGGUUGGCCAACGAGCCGCUCAUCAUCCUGCUCCAGGCUCAGAUUCGUGGAUACCUGGCGAGGAGGGCCCUGGCUGAAAGACUGGAGUAUCUACGGCAACAGGAGCCCAGUGUGGUCAAACUACAGGCUUCUUGGAAGGGAUACAAACAGAGGAAAUCUUAUAAAGAGAGACUCGGCACACUUCAAAGCAAUGUGGGAUCAGCGGUUAAGAUCCAGUCUUUGGUGAAAAUGUGGAUAGCUAAAAGCAGGUACACUAAAAGGCUGCAGUAUUUCAAAGACCAUGAGAAAUAUAUUGUGAAGAUCCAGGCCUUCCUAAAAGCAAACAAAGCUAGAGAUAACUACAAAACACUCACUGGCGCCCAGGACCCCCCUCUGGCAGUGGUCCGUAAGUUUGUCCACCUCCUGGAGCAGAGCAGCCUGGAUCUGCAAGAGGAGCAGGAAGUGACACAGCUGAGGGAGGAAUUGGUCACCAAAAUUCGCUCCAACCAGCAAAUGGAGAAGGACUUAAAUUUGAUGGACAUUAAGAUUGGCCUGUUGGUGAAGAACAGGAUCACACUACAGGAUGUGGUGUCACACAGCAAGAAGAUGAAGAGCAAGAAACACAAGACGAGUAACGAGAGCUUGGCUGUGGGGGCCUGCCAGGGGAUUAAAGGAUUGAGCAAAGGGAAGAGGACAAGACUGGAGGCCUACCAGCAUCUCUUCUACCUGCUACAGACCAACCCAUCCUACCUAGCCAAGGUCAUCUUCCAGAUGCCUCAGAACAAGUCCACCAAGUUCAUGGACACUGUGAUCUUCACCCUCUACAACUACGCCUCCAACCAGCGCGAGGAGUACCUCCUGCUGAAGCUGUUUGAGUCGGCCCUCAAGGAGGAGAUCAAGUCUAAAGUGGACCAGAUUCAAGACAUUGUGACGGGGAACCCCACAGUCAUUAAGAUGGUGGUGAGUUUCAACCGUGGCGCUCGCGGCCAGAAUGCCCUGCGGCAGCUGCUGGCCCCCGUGGUGAGGGAGAUCAUCGAGGACAAGAGCCUGGGCAUCAACACCAACCCUGUGGACAUCUACAAGGCCUGGGUCAACCAGCUGGAGACACAAACCGGACAGGCCAGCAACCUGCCUUACGAGGUGACUGCUGAGCAGGCUCUGUCCCACGAGGAAGUGCGGGCCAAGCUGGAGUCGUCCAAUCAGAUGCUGUGCACAGUGACGGACAAAGUGCUCAGCUCCAUCACUUCCUCACUGGACAGUAUCCCUUAUGGCAUGAGAUACAUUGCAAAGGUUCUGAAGAACACGCUCCAUGAGAAAUUCCCGGACGCCACGGAGGACGAGCUGCUGAAGGUUGUGGGGAACCUGCUCUACUACCGCUACAUGAACCCGGCCAUCGUGGCUCCAGACGGCUUCGACAUCAUUGACAUGACGGCGGGCGGGCAGCUGCACUCGGACCAGCGGCGGAACCUGGGCUCCGUGGCCAAGAUGCUGCAGCACGCCGCCGCCAACAAGCUGUUCCAGGACGAGAGCGACCACCUCACCUCCAUGAACCAGUACAUCUCGCAGACCUACCAGAAGUUCAGGGCUUUCUUCCAAGCUGCCUGUGACGUGCCCGUCCCCGAGGAGAAGUUUAACAUGGACGAGUACUCCGACAUGGUGACGCUCAGCAAGCCAAUCAUCUACAUCUCCGUGGAUGAGAUCAUAAACACACACUCACUUGUUUUAGAACACAAAGAAGUAAUUUCCCCCGACCAGAAUGACCCCUUGCAUGAGAUCCUGGACGACCUGGGAGACGUGCCGGACGUGGAGGCUCUACUGGGCGAGGGGGCCAUAGACCCCAGUGACCCUAACAAGGAGACUGUGCUGACCCAGCUGGCCAAGACGGAGAUCUCCCUGACCCUCACCAACAAGUUUGAGCUGCCGGAAGGAGACGCCAAAGACACAAAGGGCCUGAUGAUGAAAACCAAGAAGCUCAUUGGGGACAUCAUAAGGAUCCAGCCUGGAGAUACCCUGACUGAGAUCUUGGAGACCCCAGCCUCUCCUGUCCAGGAGGUAGAUCACACUAAGCUGGUUGAACGGCGUGCGGAGCAGGACGCCAAUGCUCCGGAGGGCCUGAAGAGUAGCCAGGCAGCCCUGGAGGACCGUCAGCUGCCCCUGGAGCAGAAGAAGAGGAAGAUCAGCCGCAACCUGCGCACCCUGGAGCAGGCCGGCCUCGUCAGCAGCUCCAACAAGUACCAGGACGUCAUCAACGACAUCUCUAAGGACAUACGGUACCAGAGGCGCUACAGACAAAGAAGGAAAGCAGAGCUGGUUAAGCUUCAGCAGACACUGAGCGCCCUGAACUCCAAGGCAGCUUUCUAUCAGGACCAGAUCAACUACUAUGACACCUACAUCAAAACAUGUUUGGACAACCUGAACAGGAAAAAUGCUCGUCGCUCCAUCAAGCUGGACAGAAAGGUGGAGGACAAGGGCAGCCGGAGGUCCAAGCAGCAGUCCCUCAAGUACACCGCUGCCAAGCUCCACGAGAAGGGCGUCAUUCUGGAAAUCGAGGGCCUACAGACCAAUCAGUUAAAGAAUGUCAUGUUUGACAUUUCCCCCUGCGAGGAAGUGGGGGACUUUGAGGUGAAAGCCAAACUCUUGGGAGUGGAGAUGGAGAAGGUGCAGCUCCAUUUCCAGGAUCUGCUGCAGCUUCAGUACGAGGGAGUUGCCGUCAUGAAGAUGUUCGACAAGGCCAAAGUCAACGUCAACCUGCUCAUCUUCCUCCUCAACAAGAAGUUUUAUGGGAAGUGAAAGAAUGUGUGUGUGUGUGUGUGUGUGUGUGUCUGUGUGUGUGUGUGUGUGUGUGUGUCUGUGAGUGUGUGUGUG